AUGGAGUUUGAGAAGGCGUGGGAGGACAGGAACCCGCGGAAAACCUACGCAAAACCUACCUACCUACUAAAACAGUAUAGCGGCAAAAUGAAAAGAUGUUCCCAUGUCCUCAACACUGCUAACAGGACCUUGCUGAACCGGCUAGCACCGUCAGCUCCUGAACUCGAACACGUUCAUAGACCGACAUAUGCGGUUAACGAGGAGCCACCGACCGAGUCGGAGGCCCUGGUCUGUAUUCAGAAAAUGGAGAAUGGAAAAUCUGGUGGAGACGACGGGAUUAGCGCAGAAAUGCUAAAAUAUCUUCCUCCGUCUGGGAUUCGUGAGAUGACAAAGAUCAUCCGUUCAAUAUGGAUAAACGAAAGGAUAUCUGAUUCGUGGAGAAACGCUAUCAUAAUUCCCCUCCACAAGAAGUUAUCCGUCAUGGACGCAAGGAAUUAUCGAGGAAUCUCUUUGCUGCGUGUUAUGUACAAGGUACUGGAGCGCAUUAUCCUGGACCGACUCAUUAAACAUCGCGAAGAAACAACGCGCGACGAGCAAGCUGGCUUUCGUCCUGGCCGAUCUACGAUUGACCAGGUGUUCAUCGUCAGGAGAGUGAUCGACAUCUGA